GUAGUCUAGCAUCUUCGUUAUCACUUGUUGAUAUCACAGUUGCAGAUAAUCGGUAAUAAAGCAAAGGCAGUUGGACACUAUUUUGACCUCUUGGGAUUCCCUCCUGACGUAUGUGACCGUGGGGAUCCCCGUUCGGUUGAUUGGCGGAUAUAAGCCCCGUCCACCGGGUCCUAUUUCAACUCAUUCCAAACACUCGAAGUCAACUACAGUCUUUUGAGCUCUGCGGUCUACAAACACCUUUGUCAAGUUGUCUUGUCCUGAAGUCGGUGAUGGAUGCCUUACGGUCGGCUGGAAGAGCGAUCAUCCGAAGUCCAAGCAUCGCAAAACGGUCUUGGAAUUCCGGCAAACAUAAAAAACUUCCUGAGAACUGGACCGACACGAGGGAGACUGUUGUGGAGGGCAUGACCUUUAACCUCCGCCACCUAGGCAUGACCGUGGUGGACCAGGCCAAAGGAGAGGACCAAUCAGCAGCUGCUGUCAAGAGGAUCGUUGCCACGGCCAAAGCGGGAGGUAAGAAGCCUCCGAAGGUUUCUCUGAAGGUUUCUCCUCAGGGUAUAAUGCUCUACGAUAGUCUGACCAACCAGCUGCUAGACAACAUCUCCAUAUACAGGAUAUCCUACUGCACGGCGGACAAGCUGCACGACAAGGUGUUUGCCUACAUUUCCCAGAACACCCUCAACGGAACACUGGAGUGCCACGCCUACCUCUGCUCCAAGAGGAAAGUGGCCCAGGCAGUGACUCUGACUGUAGCACAGGCCUUUAAAGUGGCCUUUGAGUUCUGGCAGGUUGCCAAAGAAGAGAAGAGGGUGAAGUCCGGCUCGGCUGGAGAAGCAUCCGGCAGCUCUCAAUUAGAAGGAUCCAACAGCCUGGCUAGUCUGAAAGGAGAAGAUGUUGCCACGGGUAACCUACUGGACCUGGAGGAACGGACUCAUGUUGCCGUGGUUCUGGAAACCAAUGGCAACGAGGAGUUCCAGGUGGGCUGUGGGACCACACCG